AUGCAGACCAAACACUUCUUCACCGACCCAAACCACCUGGUCCUAACAGCCCUCAACUCGCUCACUCUCACAAACCCCUCGCUGGCACUAGACAAAGAAAAUAAAAUUGUCUUCCGCCGCCCAGAUGCACCCCGCAAUCCAAACAAGGUUUCCAUCGUGACCGGCGGCGGCUCCGGCCACGAACCCGCGUUCGCGGGGUUUGUCGGCCAUGGUCUUUGCGAUGCCUCGGUCGCUGGUACGAUCUUUGCUUCGCCAUCCGCUGAACAGAUCCGUCGCGCGGUUAUAGAUCGCGUCCCUACUGAACAUGGUGUUCUUAUUAUUCCAAUGAACUAUACCGGCGAUGUGCUGAACUUCGGUAUGGCGGCGGAGAAGUCUCGCGCUGCUGGUAUCCAGACUGAGUUUUUUGCUAUCAAUGAUGAUGUCGGUGUCGGCCGUGUCAAGGGUGGUAAGGUCGGUCGUCGCGGUAUUGGUGGUGGUGUCUUGAUUUUGAAGAUGGUUGGUGCUUUAGCUGAAGCUGGUGGUUCUCUGGAAGAAGUUUACGCUCUGGCCCAGCUAGCCAAUGCAAACCUCGUCUCACUGGGUUCUUCAUUGGAGCACGUCCACGUCCCAGGCCGUGGCGUCCCGGAAGACACAAUCCCCCAUGGCGAAGUUGAAGUCGGCAUGGGCAUCCACAACGAGCCAGGCUCACACCGCGUGAAAUUCAACCUAGUCGAGCUAGUCGAAUCCAUGCUCCUCCAGCUCCUCGACCACAACGACCCAGACCGCUGCUACGUGACCCGCAAACCGGAGGACAAGUUCGUCCUGCUAAUCAACAACCUGGGCGGCGUGAGCCCCCUUGAAUUAGCCGGUAUCACCGACGAAGUCCACCGCCAGCUCCAGCGCGACUACCAAGUCAACAUGGUGCGCGUAAUCCAAGGCACGUUCCUCACCAGCCUGAACGGGCUCGGCUUCAGCAUCUCUUUAAUGAAGCUCGUCGAUCCAGGCUUCGGCCCGGGAAAGUCCAUGCUCGAGCUCCUCGACGCCCCCGCCCAGGCAGUCGGCUGGUCCGCCCCAAUCCCAAGCUCCACAUGGGAUAACCGCAUCAACAACCCCGUCGAACUAAAAACCUCAAACCUAGUCGAAGACAUUCACAGCAACCUCCAGCUCGACCCAUCCAUCCUCAAAAAAGUCCUAACCGGCGGCCUAACACGGGUAAUCCGCGCAGAGCCCGACGUAACCCGCUUCGACACGAUAGUCGGCGACGGCGACUGCGGGAUCGGGCUCGCGCGAGGCGCAGAAGCGAUCCUCGCCUUACUCAACGACCCAUCCACACCGCUAACCAGCGACGUGGUAGCGACACUCGCGCGGAUCGUCAGCGUGGUAGAAAACGUAAUGGACGGGACGUCCGGCGCGAUCUACGCGAUCUUCCUGAACGCGCUAGCGCACGGGUUGCGUGCGCAAGACGGCGACGCGCCGACGCCCGUCACGGCGGGGAUCUGGGCGACAGCGCUGCAGUCUGCAGUGUCUGCGCUGGCGAAGUAUACGCCUGCCAAGCGGGGGGAUCGGACGCUUGUUGAUGCGCUUGAUCCGUUCGUUGAGACGCUUGCUGAGACUGGUGAGGUGAAGGUUGCUGCUGCUGCGGCGCAGAUGGGGACGGAGGAGACGAAGGCUAUGAAGGCUUCGCUGGGGAGGAGUGUUUAUGUUGGUGGGGAGGGGGAGUGGGUUGGGAAGAUUCCUGAUCCUGGGGCUUAUGGGUUGUCGGAGUUUUUGAGUGGGAUGGCGGAGGCUAUUUAG